AAGCAGAUAGCAGCAAGAACCAACAAGCAGAAAGAAACAUGUCUCCACCUGUAAAGGUCAUCAGCCAUUACGCGAGCCCAUUCGGGCACCGCGUCGAGGCCGCUCUGCGUCUCAAAGGCGUGCCUUACGAGCUGGUCCAGGAAGACCUGAACAACAAGAGCGAGCUGCUGGUCGCCAGCAACCCUGUCCACAAGAAGGUGCCCGUGCUCCUCCAUGGCGACCUGGCGGUUUGUGAGUCCCUCGUCAUCGUUCAGUACGUCGACGACGCCUUCGACGGGCCGUCUCUCCUGCCGGCCGACCCCUACGACCGUGCCAUGGCCCGUUUCUGGGUUGACUUCAUGGAAAACAAGUGCUCCAAGUCGUUCUGGCUAGCACACUGGGCGGAGGGUGAGGCGCAGAAGGCUAUGGUGAAAGAGGCCAAGGAGAACCUGACGCUCCUGGAGGCGCAGCUCGACGGGAAGAGGUUCUUUGGUGGUGACACGGCCGGCUACGUCGACAUAGCCGUGAGUGCGUUAGGACCUUGGCUGAGUGUGCUUGAGGAGGUGACUGAAUUGACCUUGGUGGACGCCAAGGAGUUCCCUGCUCUAUGCCAGUGGUCCAAGGAGUACAGUUCCAAUGAAGCGCUCAAGCCUUGCCUGCCGGACAGGGACCGACUCGUCGCCUACUUCACUGAAAACAAGGAGAUGUACAAAAUGUUCGCCAAGACAAUGUUGCAGCAUUAGUUGUGUGCAAUGCAAUGCAAGAGCAUGUCUUUACACUUGGAAUAAUGUAUGGACCGGAUCAGAAAUACUAAUAGUGUGUGCAGAAGCAAAACAAUAUUAAAUGAUGAUUCUUUGAGGUCUCGGGUGUGUUGGGGUGGUGGUAAUCAGGAUAUUACCAGGACUGUUAGGUGUUUCGAACUUUUUCUGCUUAAUGAAAAACACGCAACGCGUGGUCUC